AUGGUGGAGCUGCUGCUGCGGGAGGGCGCCGACCCUCGGCUCCUCAACUCGCGGGGCCAGACGGCGGAGCAGGUGGCGCAGGCCAAGGGCGCGAGCGGGCCCUACGCGGCGGUCCUGGAGGCCCUCCGCCCCGCGGCGGCACCGCGCUCGCCCCGGGCGGACGGCGGCGUCUCGCCGCGCCGCGCCCCCGGGGGCGCCGCGUCGCACCGCGAGGAGGACGCCACCCCGCGGGCGUCGAGCGCCCGGGCGCCGCACAAGAGCCCGGCGCUCGACGAGGCGCCGCGGGCCAGGGGCGCGGCCACGGCGGGCGGCGCGUAG